AUGAUGCAAAAUCUAAAUCACGAAAUUCUAAAACUGACCGAUGUUGUGUGAGCUUUCAGUAGACAUCCUUCUUUGUGUGUUACGUAGGUUACGUGUAGGAAAACUGCAACAGGCUCACUCAAUACACAGUGGUGAAUGAUGGAAUUUGCAAGUUGGGAAAUUUCCCAUUUAUAGGCGGAAACGAUCUGAAGGCCUAAAAAUCACAUAAAAACAAAUAAUGAACACACAGUAAUCAACUAGCUUUUCCGAGAAAACCUCAGCUGCUCACGUCGGUUCUGCAUGAGGAGAAGCUGAAGGAGACGACGCACCGCCUCACGUUACCCACCGAGUGUUCCAGCGCCAGACACCACGCCCGGCGACAGGUCGUGGAGAGCAAGGAUGUGAACCGGUACCUCUGGCAGAAGUUGUGGCCUUUCCCCAAGCAAAUCAGCACCAAUCUGUACACAAAAACCGGAAGUCUCAAGCAUGUAGGCACAGCAGGACCCCCGAGUAUACCCGCUGCCUACCAAACUGGGCUGUCUGCGAAUACUUUUUGCUCCGGUGGCCCCGCCUCAAAGCCCGUCCUACAAGAAGUCUACCACAGACCAUCGCAUCGAUCAGCUGGCUGGAGAACCUUCCAGAACCAGUGGCAGGCACACCACACAUUCGAUGCCACGCAGGUUGUCACGAAGAAACCUGGAGGUCUCAAGCAUUAUUCCAUUCAUUCUCGAAAAUAAACGCGUUUUGUACAUUGAAUAUGUUAUUCAUUCUCGGAAAUAACGCGUCUUGUACAUUGAAUUAUGUUAUGUAUUCGUUAUCGGAAAUAAACGUGUUUUUUAAAUUGAAUUUUGCAAUUCAUUCUCUGAAAUAAAUCAUGUCAUUUGUUCACAUUAUAUUUUCCAUUCAUUCUCAAUAAUAAAUGCAAUUUAUUCAUACAAUUACUGCUACAUAUAUUCGAUUCAUUUUCUGAAAUAAACAUAACUUAUUCAUACAAAUUUAUUCUAGGAAAUAAACGUGUCUUAUUCACUAAAUUAUUUACUCAUUCUCGUUUAUAAAUGCCAUAUAUUCACACAAUAAUUUAUUUUUUUAAUUCUGAGAAAUAAAACUCUGUUUAUUCAUAUAAUCAUUCCAUUCAUUCCCAGAAAUAAACGUCUUGUUUUCACAAA